ACAACUGAUGUGACCCCGCCCGUGUGUGAGUCUUAGAAACAUAAUACCAUACAGUGACCCAAGUAUGGCAGGACAGUCAGGAAUGGGCAUCACCUUGUAAAGGGGCACACAAAAUUUAUGGUCUGGAUGCCGUAAGGGUGACGUGUCAUUUCAUCACAGUAUGACCUGAAUAGAAGAUUGUUAAAAAGGCAGCUCCUUUGUUGAUAUCAUAACAGAAAACGUAUAUCAAGCCCUGCCAGCCUGGAUGAAGAGCUGGUAUGUUGGCUGAAGAGUUGUAAAUCUGUUAUGUAAUACAGAUAUAUGUAGUUAGCAAGACAUCUGCACUUUCAUAGCUUGACAGAUUCAGAUAGUUCUGCUUUUCUAUAGAAAUUACAGGUAUGAUUUCUUAUCCAGCUGUUACAAAAUCCUUCACUGAAGCUCUGCAAUCUCUGCUAUAGGAACUUUCAAGCGAGUGCCAUCUUUCUCUUGAUUUCCAAUAACGCUUGACUUGGCACGUCGAAUCCGCAAGAUAGGCCUUACAUCCACUUCUGGCAGAAAACACAUGUCCGGCGCUGACCAUUCGUGAUGCUUCUCGUUUUAAAUGCUUACUGCUGUGUGGUUCUCAGCAAGGUCAGAAAGGGCAUUUAAAGGCCCAAGUUUGGAAGAAACUAAUCUGGGACUGGGCCUGACUUAUUGACUGAACCCCAUCCUUUCCUGUGGGACGGAGAUAAGGUAUGAUCUUGUCUAAACAAUAUAUCCCACAUGGGACGUGUAGGCCGUCCCAUUACGGACCCGGGGUCAAAACGACACAUCUGGCUAUAACGUUUUGUGGCAAGGACACCUGAAUGGAUGCAGGAGCCCUCCCCGCGCAAGAAAUCACCCCCUAAUACAGAUUACCGGGUGCGGAAAAUCUGACAAGGGACGUCUGUUACAGAGGCAGGGCAUAAAGGGGGUUCGGAAGCCUGGGAGGUCAAUUCGUUCUUUUGGGCUCUCUCAAAAGUAGCAAUACGAGGGCAUCUGAAGGCGGCUCAGUGUGCAGCGGCGCGUGCAAGAACUGGAACUGAUUUUGCAAUAAUUCAUCAGCAGAUUAGCUGACAGCAUCUGUGUGUUCCAUCAGAGGGAACCCGGAACAUGCUACUGCAGAAGUGAAGUCAACCGACAACAUUCUGUAGUAGUGGUUUGGGGAAUGACCAUCCUCACCAACAUGGCUAUAGGAGUGGAGUUGCCCAACGGUAGUGGUCUGGCAGGACAGAACACACACAGAGGCCAACAACUGCAGCAGCAGCAAGCUAACAACAUGCCUGGAAGCACUACCAUCUCAAUGAGUGAGAGGAGUGGGUAUAGUCGUUGGGCCGGGGAUGUUGACAACAUAGACAUACAAAUUGCGCCAAAGGAGCCCGGAUCACAAGGUUGGUUUUCAGGGAGAAAAGGUCUCGUUCUGAGGAUCCUGGUGCUGGGUACGCUGUUCGUGUUCGGACUGAUCCUCGGGUACGUGAUACGGCGCAGCACCCAUGGCGUCCCGGCUAAGGCAGUCGUCGGUCUCCAGCAGGACUACAGACAGGACAUCAGUCAGCAGCUCAUGCAGACAAUGCAGGCAGAAAACAUCGAAAAUAACCUCAGAUGGUUAACAAAUCAGUCACAUGUUGGUGGUUCAGACGAGAGUUACAGACUGGCGCAACAGAUCCGACAAAAACUGCAAGACUUCGGCUUCGAUGCCACCCAGCUGAAACGUUACAAAGUUCUGCUAUCAUACCCGGACAGGACCAAACCUAACACUGUGUCCUUUGUGGAGGGGGACAACACCUUGUUUCACACCACAGGACAACAGUACAGCGAUCUCUCGCUGUUCCAGCCCUACAAUGCUUACAGCCCUAAUGGAACAGUGGAGGGUAAAGUAGUAUAUGCAAACUAUGGGAGAAUGGAGGACUUCAAGAAGCUUGUCGAUAAAGGCAUCAACUGCACAGGGCGCAUUGUCAUCAUGAGAUAUGGGAAGAUCUAUCGAGGGGAUAAGGUGGAGCAUGCUGCGGCCGCCGGCGCCAUCGGUGUGGUUCUGUACUCCGACCCGGCAGACUACGCCAUCCAUGGCAGUAACGACACCUACAACGUAUCCUGGUGGUUACCUCGGGACGGCGUGCAGACAGGAGACAUCCGGGCCGGCAUGGGAGACCCACUGACCCCCAUGUACCCUGCUAUAGAUAAUGUCACCAGGUUAAAUGAGUCAGAUGCCAACCUGCCAAAAAUACCAUCUCAACCAAUCAGCUAUAAGGAUGCUGAACAAUUCCUCAACAUGUUGGAUGGACAGGAUGCACCAACAGACUGGAUUGGGGGCAUCACAAAUGUACAGUACAAACUGGACCAGACAGAAAACAAUGACAGGAAAAUGAAACUGGAGGUGAACAACAAGCGUGUGACAAAGAGCAUCUACAACGUCAUUGGUACCAUCAGAGGAGCAAUAGAGCCAGAUCGAUAUGUGAUUGUUGGCAACCACCGCGAUGCCUGGACAUACGGAGCGAUUGACCCGUCUUCUGGCACGGCAUGCUUUCUGGAGCUGGCUCGCGCCCUGGGACAGAUGGUCCAAUCAGGCUGGCGUCCCCGGAGGACAAUCAUCCUGGCCAGCUGGGGAGCUGAAGAGUUUGGCACCAUCGGCUCCACGGAGUGGGUGGAGGAGAACAUCAAUGAGCUGACAGAGAAGGCAGUAGCCUACCUGAACAUUGAUGCAGCUGUCAACGGUAACCAGACCCUGUGGGCAGGUGCAAGCCCACAUCUGUCCCAGGUCAUACAAGAGGCAGCUAAACAGGUGCCGUGCCCCCACCAUGAGGAGAUGAGUGUGUACCAACAGUGGGCCAAAAGUCUGCCGGUAGAGCCAAGAAAAUCAGACUCACCUCCCAAAGUGCUAUCCUUACAUAAUGGGGUGAAGAGAAGCGACUGGGAUGCUUUUCUCUUGUUGGCCGGAAUUUCGUCCCUUGAUGUGUCCUACACAAAAGACCCUAACUUGAAGGUACCAUUUUACCCUGUCUACCACACGCAAUACGAGACGUUUGACUACAUGAAGAGGUUUAUCGACCCUGACUUCUCGGUGCACCUGGGAACAGUGCGAGUCCUGGGGGAGACUGCCCUGCGUCUAGCUGACUCCUUCAUACUACCCAUGAACUGUAGUCUGUAUGCAGACGCUCUGAGCACAUACGUGUCAGACUUGGAAAAACGUUACGGCCAGAAAAAGCUAAAUGACAACUUAUUCCUUGGUUAUCUUAAGUAUGCUGUGUCCCAGUUUUCUCAAGCUUCUAAAACCAUGCAGGAGGUCAUAGCUACUGCAGACAGAUCCAACCCCCUGUUGAUCAGGAGCCACAACGACAAACUGAUGCAGAUGGAGAGACACAUGCUGAACCCAUCGGGACUCCCAGGCAGGCCCCAGUACAGACAUCUGGUGUUUGCCCCAAGCCAACACGACUCUUACACAGGUGCCACCUUCCCUGGCGUGGUGGAUGCCAUCGAGGAUGGAGACUGGGUUGCCGCCCAUCAGCAGCUGUCAAUCAUCACAGUCACCAUCGAAUCAGCAGCCAAGAACAUGGACGAUGGAGCCAUCAAAGGGCCGUGACCAAUCACAGGGGAGAACAAGGUUUAAAUUGUCCAAUCAGAUGUAACAACAGAAGUGGUGGAAAGAAUUAUGCAGAGUAAUGCAGAGUAAUGGUUAUUCCAUUUUCUUUGGGGAGGGUCAGACUGAAUUUCUGUCUCCCUUUCUUGUAUAAUACAGGUUGUAUAUACAUCUCUUGUGUUACCUUUUCUUCCAUUUCAUUGGUUUCUUUUCUCCUGCUUACCUGUGUCCCUUUUCUUCAAAUUCCAAAGUUGUUCCUCUACAUAUUUUGGUUACUUCUUCGCUUUUGGAUGGAAUAGUCACAACUUAUCAGUCAAGAAACAAAGGGUUUUUGCAUUUCCAAUAAUGAAGAAUUGUAUCAAUAAAAAGAUGUGCCAACUCUCGUUUGAUGUGCAGAAGGCUGCUGGCUUCUCUGAUUGGCCAAAGUGCCAACCAAUGGGAUGUUAGGGGUAACAGUAUGACCCUUUAUUGACCAAUCCCAGGAGACUAUAGGCCAAUGGUAUGUGUCAAAAUUAUUUUGUACUAAUCACUAAGUGAUGUCAUAGUGAUGAUGCAAACUUUUAUCUGAAUACAAACCAGUUUGAUUACUAGUAAUUACUUGUUUUCUUAACAAAGGUGAGAUUAUAGAUUUAGAAAAAAAGAUUAUUGUUGCGCCAAAUACUUUUGUAAAAAUAAGGGUGUUCAGAUUUCAAUAAACAACUGUGAUAGUAAAAGUUUGAGGUGUUUAACAAAGCUCUAAAAGAGUUUUCAAGGUGGCCUCUGCAUCUUCUGCUCUGAAGAAUAUACUGACCCUAAAUCCUUAUGUUGUGAAGAUUGACACACAGAUAACAAGAGUUAAUAAUUGAUUUACAGAACUUGAUAUAACAGUUAAAAUUGAUUACAGCACUUUUUGUAAGACAAAGUGUGAAACGUGGACUGGUUUGAUAAGGACAAGCACACAACUUUGAGCUGUUUUAUUAUUUUAAGGAGCAACACUCUUUGCUCUAAUGAGAUUAAUAACAAAAGCAUUCUUUAGAAUUUCUUUAUUUGAAAGACGAUGUCUGCAUUGUGAAGAGGUUUAUCAUAAGUACCAGUAUAUUUGAUGUUGGUGUAUUGAUACUCCCUUGUGGAGUGAUAAGUUGUUUGAACAACAUGUGAUUUCUUUAACCAUUGCCUACAUGGCAAAUGCAAUUGUGUACAAAGAAGGUUGACAUUGGAAAAACAAAAUAGGAGCACAAAGCAAAUGUGAGGCGCAGGUGUAUAAAGAGUACAUACAGGUGGGGUGUCUUGUCACACGGUUAUCUUCUUCACCAUUAUAUUUGUACUACCAUUAUAUGUGUGUACUUAAGACAGUGCACUUUUACAACUAUUUUGAAGGUGGCCAUUUGUGUGAGUGCAAACAGAAUGGCAUGAGAUUAAGACUGAAGAAAAUGCAGCAGACUUCUCAGUUUUAGUGGUAAAUGAAAGGGAACAUGACAGGAGAAAGAUGUUCAUAUCUGCAGACAGUCUGUUCUCAAAUAUUUUUCCUCUUCUGUUUAGCAGUAUUGUGUUACCAGGCAGCUGUCAGUUGUGACUUUCACUAUAUGUUGUGUUAUUCAGAUGAAUGUCCUAAAGGCAUCCGAUGCAAUUUCAAGAUGGGAAAACAAAAAAAAUAUUCUGGAUGAGGAAAUCUGUCUGAUAUUGACACUUACUGCCAUUUCUUAGCACUUUUUAGUCAUCAUGUCAUACUUGAAGCAUUUUAGCCCAAAAAUAAGCUGCUACGUGAUGUGUCACUUUAUUUGUUGGGUACCGCUCAUCAACAGCUAAAACCAGCCUAAGAUACAAAAUUUAAUUAAACAAGCAACUGUUUUCCGUCAGUGAAAUCACAUUUUCCCUCACGGAUGUCAGUAUGCUAUGAGAUAGUGUUGAUCCUCUUAAUUUACGACAAGUAAAUUGACUUUGAAAAUCCUGUUUUGCCACUCUGAAAUUGCAUAGGAUGCCUUUAACAGUGUAACUAUUGUUGUGUUAGAAUGACAGUGAUGUAUAUUUCAAAGGACCCUCCAUGUUGGAUUUCUUGUAGAGCACAAAAACUGAUGAACCAUUCAAUGAUGGCUAUUAUCCUGUAGUUGACAACUAGCCCUUAAGACUUGGAAAACAUGGUAGAGAGUGCAGAGCAGAAACUAUACAGGUUUAUUGUCUUGUACAAUGAGGUAGACCACGGAUCUGUAUUUGUAUAUUUUUGAUAUGUGUGCAUCCAUUUUGCCUGGUCAUAUGUUACUGUGCUGGUACCAUUCGUAGAUUGUGUGAGUCACACAGGUUUUACCACACAUUUGACUGGUUUUGUGCCAAAUAACAAGAAAAAUGUUGUAUGCAGUCGUUAUUAUCAAAUGUCUAUUUGAGAAAAGGCUUAUAUUUUAGCCACAGAUGUAGAACAGAUGUACCAUGCAAAAUUCUGCUCUACUCAAGGCUGAAAAAAACUAUUUUUUUGUGAGACGAGUGCUGACAUUUGUGUGGGCUCGAUGCAAUCUGUAUUUUGGCUGGAAAUGAAUCAGCAUAACACGAGGUUUCUAACAUGGUGUAACAAUUUAUCAGUUGUCGUGAGGUUGUUGUUUUUAUUGAGCUCCGAAAUUUUGUGACAGUGACGAUGUGUACAGUUGAUUGGUGAUAGUGAGAAAAAUUAAAGGUUUGUUUUCACAA